CUUCAAUUGUAGCUCAGUUUAGUUACGUUCAUCAAAACAAUAGCUCCAACAGUUCACUUCAUUGGAAAGCUCUCAAUCUGAACAAUGUCGCAGAACGAUUACUCAGAACGCUACCAACAGACAUCCACUCAUCUUUUCGAUUUCGGAUUGUACAAUGUGUACGACAAUAACAUCAUCAAUUUGUCAGUUGGUGCGCCGGGUCCCGAUCUACUGGCCAAUUGUUGCGAAAUAUUCAAUGAAGCGACAAAGCAUCGUAUGAGUCUUGAAUUGGCUAGCAAAUCGACAUUGUUUCAAUAUGGGCCAGCCAUCGGGAGGUUUGACAUUAGAGACUCAUUCGCUAAGUAUCUUACGGAAGAAUACAAGGAAAAAGUCUACGGUGAGGACAUCAUCAUAACGACUGGAGCGACCCAGGGAUUGCAUUUGAUUUUGUCAACUUUAAUUGACUUCAGUGGCGUGAUAUUCGUGGAUGAAGUUACGUACAUGAUUGCACUUUCUGCCAUGUCUCAGUUCACCACGAUGAAGAUCGUGACGGUUCCGUUGACCAAAAACGGCAUCGAUAUUGAAGCCUUAAGGAAGCUAACCGCUCAAUAUAGAUUUGAGUCAAAAACGAAAAUGUUUUGGGGAAUGUACUACACAAUACCGGUGUUUCACAAUCCAACCGGAUUGCUAUAUUCGGAAGAAUUAUGCAAACAAUUGGUCACGCUGAGUCGCAAAAACGAUUUUCUCAUAGCUUGCGACGACGUAUACAACACACUGUACUACGGAAUGGAUUCACCGCCGAAACGAUUGUACGCCUAUGAUGACCGCAAUGAUGCCGACUACAAAGGUCACGUUAUAUCGAAUGGGUCUUUCUCCAAAAUCCUAUCGCCUGGGGCUCGUGUCGGUUGGAUGGAGUGUCCAUCAAGAUGUGCACGGUUAUUCGAUGAAAGUGGCAUCAUGCGAAGUGGAGGCGCAACAAAUAAUUACACUUCUGGAAUUGUGGCCAGCUUGAUUGAACUUGGCUUAGCGAAGAAGCACCUGGACAUGUCUCGGAAUAAGUACAAGGAACGUAUGGCAAUUGCAUGCAAAGUGCUCCGUGAAAAUCUGCCGAAGAACUGUACGUUCAUUGAGCCGGAAGGGGGAUUUUUCAUUUGGGUCACAUUUCCGGCUGAUGUUGUGGCAGCCGAUUUGAAUCGCUUUUGUAUGGAGAAAUACAAAGUGGUGGCAAUAGCCGGAGACACAUUUUCGUCGGAUGGUAAAUUCAAAAAUUGCUUGCGAAUCACCAUCGGAUUUCACAACGAAGAAAACUUGGCCAACGGCUUGGAGAAGUUGUGCAAAGCAUACGGUGAAUUUGUAGCGAACUGAGUCGAAAAAUUUCAUUUCACCGGCUGGUUGUACACUUGGCUUAACAGGAAAAUGAAAAAAUCGUUCGAAAAAAACUUACUUCAUAUCCAGUCUGUAGCGCUGCAAUUUGCG